UUGCCACAGGAGUCGGCAAAACUGCAAGGCGACAUUUGUGAAGUGUAAUGACUCGCAAAAACAGCGCUGAACAUAAAAGCGGGAUUCGGGCGUGCUUUGCAGAAGCAGAUAUAUUUUCCAGAGGGGCCAUCUAACAGCUCAGAGAGCUCAGCUCCGAAGCGCCCGCUCGCCUCUACAUGCCGUGGAAUCCAUUGAGAGAAUUUCGCAGCGUUAGUCAUCGCAACAGCUAUCCGCAGUGUGUGUGUGUGUGUAGCAGUCGCCUAUAGCCUCUCUUGCACCUCUUGCACCGGAGAUCCACAGUAGGCGCCGUGCAGGGCUUGGCUACAGACGCAACUCCGCGCUGCUGAUGUGGUGUGCCUGUGCACCGCGUGCGUGAUUUCUCCUGCACCCACCCCGCAGAGGUUUUGUUUUUUGGGUUUUGUUUUUUUUUUUCAAACAGAGUCUGCCGGCAUGCUCACACGCCGGUUGGGUCCGUGCCGGUGGGCCGGUGGGUGCCCGGGUCAUUAGGGUGUUUGCGCAGGACGUGGCGAGGCGAGGCGACGCCGUUGACCGGGCAGGUGAUGUUUGCUCACGUAAGCCGCUCGCGUUUGAUGAGGGGCGCAGGGGACGCGGCUGGAGGGUGCGCGCUACUGUUGCAACGCCUCACCGGAUAACCGCUGCUCUCUCAUCCUGUCCGUUGGACCUCUCCGCGGUAGGGGGUUUGUUGAUUUCCCCCCUUUUUUUAAUUUGAAUUUUUUUGCUUCCUGACUAACGGAUUUGCAACACUGGGACUCUUGACGAUAUAUAAGUGGAUAAAGGAGCCGAUACUGCGUGUGCGUGGAGCACAGCAUAUCAUUUCUUGUGAUUCCCCUGUACGCGCAAGUCGCUUUUUUUUUCUUUCCAAAGAGGCAAUGCGCCCACCCAUGCGAUGCUAGCCUAUUAGCUGGAGAGAGAGAGAGAGAGAGAGCGAGAGAGAGAAAGAGAGGUUUCAGCCCUGGAUUCGAGAGGAGACUAAUUUACGAGUCUUGUUUUGCCUUUCAGGAAAAGGGGAGAUAAGAGGGGGGAGGGUGGUUGGUGAAGGAGAAUGCAGCAAUCACAUUUUUAAGCAUGCAGAAGCGGGCCGUUUCCGGUUCCUAGGCUGCUGUGUCCCCCCCAUCCGACGCCAGCAGCCGUAUGGGGAAAGCAGCGGCAGACACAGAUGGCAUGGACACUUCCACAAGGUCUGCCGCUCUGCCCUGCCUGCUCUGCCGGAGCCCGUUCGCCGCCGUCUCUCUCUUCCAGCUCGCUCCGCCGCCCAGCAGCACUGCAGCACAGCACAGGCUGACGGCAUGAGGCUUGAUCCAGUGCAUUUCUCCAUGCUGGUCAUCGGGGUCUCCUUCGCCUGUUACGCCCCGAGUCUCAACUCCCUCCAGGACCAGGCGUACAGAUCAGCCGUGGUCAUCGAGGGCGAGGUGCGCUCCUCCCCGGAGAACGUCUCCUCCCGGGAGCCCUACAGCGUGAAUGUCAAGGUGCUGGAUGUGUGGCCCGUCAACAGCGGCGGCCUCGAGAGGGAGCAGCUCGUGACCGUCGGGGACUUCGGUUCCGAGGCCCCGUGCACCACGGUGGAGAAGGACCACAGAUAUAUCUUUUUCAUGGACCCCACCGCCGAGCCCUUGGUAUUCAAGGCAUCGUACGCCCCCGUGGACGCCAGCGAGCCGGAGUCGAAGAAGGAUGUUGAGAGAGUGUUGUGCGAGGACUGCGCCUCUGCUCCUAAGUUGCGGAUGAUUAGCAGCCAAUCUCUGAUGGAAGGGAAGAAGCUGUACUUGAAGUGUGAGGCGUCGGGGAAUCCCAGCCCUUCCUUCCGCUGGUACAAAGAUGGACACGAGCUUCAGAAAGGCAGAGACCUCAAAAUAAAAACCAACAAAAAAAACUCAAAGGUGCAGAUCAGUCGUGUCCGUGUGGAAGAUUCUGGCAACUACACUUGUGUGGCUGAAAACUCAGUAGGACAAGAAAACGCCACAAGUAUAAUCAGCGUGCAGAUCUUGACCACCACAACCCUGUCUCCAGGUGUGAGUCAUGCGCGGCACUGCAAUGACUCUGAGAAGUCCUACUGCGUCAACGGAGGAGACUGUUACUUCAUACAUGGUAUUAACCAGCUGUCCUGCAAGUGUCCCAAUGACUAUACGGGGGACCGCUGUCAAAACUCCGUCAUGGCCAAUUUCUACAAGCUUCUCAGAAUUGAAUUUAUGGAGGCUGAGGAGCUCUACCAGAGGCGGGUGCUGACGAUCACAGGCAUCUGUGUGGCGUUGUUAGUGGUUGGCAUCGUUUGUGUGGUGGCCUACUGCAAAACAAAGAAGCAGAGGAAGAAGAUGCAGAGUCACCUACACCAAAACCAGAAUCAGUGUGUGGAGCAGCCAAACCGCAUGUUGGCUAAUGGGCCAAAUCAUCCUGGCCCUGGUCCUGAGGAGAUCCCCAUGGUUGACUACAUCUCCAAGAGCGUCCCUACGACCGAGUGCGUGAUCAGCCACGGAGCCGAGGGUGCAGGCAACUAUGCAGGCAGUCGAAUGUCGACCCGCUCCCACCACUCUACCACUGCCUCACAUGCCUCCAGACACGAGGAGCACACGUGGAGCAUGGAGCGAACAGAGAGUAUGAACUCAGACUGCCAGUCAGGUGGGCUCUCCAGCUCUGUGGGAACCAGUAAGUGCAGCAGCCCAGCAUGCAUGGCGAGGAGGGCCGCCCACUGGGGCUGUACGGAUGCGUCGGGACCGGGAAUGCAGUACGGGGACUCCUACGAUUCUCUAAGAGACUCACCUCACAGUGACAGGUAUGUGUCUGCACUGACCACGCCAGCACGCCUGUCUCCUGUGGAGUUCCACUACCCCCCGCUGCCUCCCCAGGUUCCCACUUUUCAGAUCACCUCGCCCAACACAAGCCACGCCCUCUCCCUUCCACCUGCUGCUGCCGCCUACCACAGAGACGAUGACCAACCGCUGUUACGGUGCCCCGAUGAUGGAAGUUUAUACAGGCAGCCCCGACGUCCUCGACGACCCUACCUGACAGAGAGCACAGGAAGUCUACCGUCCAGCCCCUACCGGCUCCCCGAUGACGAGGCUUAUGAGACGACACAGGAGUAUGCCUCUUCACGGGAACCCAUCAGAAGCCGGCGUCGCCCGCGACGCAACCGACUCAACGGACAUAUCUCACAGCGCUCGGCGGGUUUACGGGACUACAGCUCACAGAGCUUCAGCCAGUCAGAAGAGGAGGAAGAGGACGAGGAGGAAGAGGAUGGUCACGGGGAGAGCACGCCUUUCCUCAGUAUGCAGAACAUGAACAUGGACCCGCCUCUAAAUGUCCCGGGUUUCCGUUCGUCAUCCGGUGCAGACACACGGACUCACCGCGGGCUGAGUCGGCCAGGGACGCGCAGCAACGGGCAGAGCCGCGGCUCCCAGUCGCAGCGCUCCAAGGCUGACAACAUGCCCCUUUAAGACUUAACCUCCCUCCGACGCCCACCAUUACACCCCCGCCACCUCCCGCCCUCUCCACUUCACACACUCCCCUUCCUCUUACACACAACCCGUGGACUAGAGACCUGCACCUAGGAGAAAUAUUUUUAUUUUGUAUAACAGACAGAUAUUCUAAACAAAUGAAAUAUUUAUUUUCAUUUCAGCAAAAAUUGUCUACUAGCUAACAGCAAAGACUUUUUUUAUAACGGGGGGGAGGGGAUAUUUAUAUGUAAAGUUUUUUGAUUUACAGCAUUAUGAGAGAUGAAAAAAAUAAGAGAAUUACGUGCCAAUUUUUUCACAAGUUAGAUAAAUAGAAUAAUAUUGUGGUGCCUUUUGCUGUAUGCUGAAGUUGGAGGUCCCAUUGAGUUUUUGUAGCCUUUCUUAUAAAGACUCCUCGUUUUUAUAGAGACCAACCCUCUUCCUCCUUUUGCUUUGGUUUGUUUCUCUGAUUUGGGAUCUUCCUCUUUUUGAACUGUGAUCUGAUUAUGUCAUCAUGCAAUAUUGAUUCCUCCUGUGUAAAAGGUGUCUGUUUACAUGAGUAUGACCCACGCGAUGCGCUCGUUUCACAGGGACAUUUAGUCACUGACGCAACCAAGAUGUGUAGGGUAGUUUCCUCGGAUGAACACACAUCGGUCAUUUAUGUCCUCGUUCGCUGCCUGUCAGUCAUUUCUUGUUAAUUCUGUAAAAGCAGGAACGUUGGGGAGUUGUCGAGGGAAAGUGACUCCAGAUUCCUCGUGUAGGUAUUCAGGGUGCUGCCAUGACAUUGGUGGUGGUUGUAGUGUGCGUGUACUGUAUGUGUGUGUGUGUGUGUGUGCGUGCCUGUAUCCAUUCUGCACGCCUCAUGAAGCCUCAUUCGGUUGGCGCCUCUGUUCACCGUGGAGGGUGUGAUCUCUGUUGUUUGACUGUCACGCUCCUCUCCAUCGAUCCUCACGCUGCCAGAAGCUCCAUUGCACUGUAAGAACCUCCCUCCGUGAGCAGUCAUUGGCCAGGGAGCUGCCGAUCCAAACCGAACCUAACCAAUCCAGUUGUAAUCCAGCCUGACUCUGGCCUCCCGUGGACUGCCUAGCCCGCUCGUUUCCUAUGCCAGCAGCUUAGAGCCGCACUGUGUCUCAGGACUUCCCCAUCACAUCACAGCCAAAAAGACUCAAAGCAGAGAACGCACGUCAUCUCAGUCACAGUUCAGUUCGCAGGUCAGAUCGACAUCCCCUCACUCCCCUUCUUUUCGCCAUCUAUCAGGUUUCUCGCGCUUACUUGUGGCUAAAGGACGGUAAACAACGCGUUUGAUUAAACUUUUGGAAUCAGUAGGCGGAUUCAGUUACUUUUUUUCUUUAACUCCAAGAAGUUAUGUGUGCGUUUAAGUGAGCAUGUGUGUAGCCGUGUUAAAAAGAUGAAGUUGUGCAGAGACGGCAUCUGUUUGCGCUCUGAUGCAGGGGCGUAACCUUGGAAUUCUGCCCCCACCACUGAAAGGUGGAUCUCCCUCUGGGUUUCCCAUUUUCGCUCUUUUUCCUUUUAAAAAAAAAUGUGUUUGUUUUCUUUUUAAAAAAGGAUAUCCCACCGAAAGCUACGUGGGCUCACAUUUUGCCACACUAGUGACGGUGCUGCUCCGAUCGGGAAGAAGCACCAUGUGCGGGUUCACAUUGCUGGGAAGAGAGUUUCCGAGGCUGAUUCUACCUUUUUAGUUAGCUCACACGGUUGUAUAUGAUAAUCCUGAUUACUGCAUCCUUGAUUUGCAUUCCUAUACCUUUUAUCAACUGAACUUUAUUUGCUUGGUCACACUGACUGACUGAAUGAUCUGUUAUGUGUGUCUCUGUCUGCCCCUUCCACCCACCACAUCGCAACCUCACCGUCACGUCUUCCUCGCCCUCCUACAGAAGCAACUAGCAGACAAAGUUAAGUCCAGUGAGUAAAACCAAACAGCACACUACCAGUAGUCCGAUCAUGUCAGAAAUUCUUCCACUGCAGAUGUACAUCAGGUUCUGAGACCCCUAGAGAGACCCUUUGAAGUUCACUGAGGAAAAUGAUACUGUGUUAGAUACAAUGUGUCCCGAUUAGACUUCAUUUCCAAUAUGUAGAGUUUUGUUUUCUUUCUUUUUCCCCCCGCACAGGCAAUGCAUGGAUCACAGAUAUAGAAAUUAUCCCCUCAGAUUUAGGGGGAAUCGUAUGAUAUGAAAAUACAAUUUGGGUUCACGGCCCAGUGGUCUGGCUAGUUUUGUCUUACUAUCACUGUAAUCAAUCUGAGAUUUGCAAACGAUUUGAAAUUACUGCAAGUGAGGAUAGUGUGCUUCUAGAGCUAGUCGAAUUGUUGACAACCCCACCCUCUUUCUCCUCGACCCCACCCCACCCCUCCCCCGCGCUUCCCACCCACCUUUUUUACGAACACACGUACUUCUCUCACGCACGUACAUCCAUAUCCACAAUGAAGCACACACACUGAGCACACAGACACACAAAACCGUGCAUACACAGACACACUCACACAGCCCCUCUCAUGUUUGUUUGUCAAGCAGUUUGUCUUUUUUACCUACCAACCUAUCCUCCUCCUACUCCUCAUCUUCCUCCCCUCCUCUCAACCCCAAAUCCCCUGCAUGUCCUAGUGGUACUGGUAGUUGGGUGCAUGGAAAAAGCAGCAAGCAAAUCUUUUUUUUUCCACUCGGUGAAAAAAAUAAUAAUAAUAACAAUAAUAAAAUGAAAUAAAAAACGUGUCCUCAUUUUAACAUUCAGCAAUAAAUCCCCUUCUCUUCAUGUCCAUCAUUCUUGGAAUAUGCUAGAAGAUUUUUUGCAAGUUUUAUCAAAAACAUACUACUUGUAAAAGAAGAAAAAUCCAAAACACCCCUUCAUAUGAAAAA